UAAAAUUGCCUUUUAAUACAGUUUUGUUGGAAGUUUCGCUGCGUGCACACGGCUGGUGCGAACGAACACAAAGUUUUGCAAAGCGAACUGAAGUUUGGCUAGUCUCCUGACACACACACACCCGGGUGUUCAAAUUCGUGGUGCAAGAAGACGCAGAAAGAUAAAGUGCCGGAGGACAACAGCAAACGGAACGACAUAAAAGGGACGAAUUUGUGAACGAAUUUAACUCCUCCAGUGUUUCACGGAGUGUGUUGGUUGGUGCGGUUUGUGACACGUCGUGGUGGUUGUUCUGUGUGCAUUUUGCAAAGCAAGCCCUGUUAGUGUGGCAGUAAAACAGUACCCUGAAGCGGAACUUGUCAGUGAAAAUGAAGUAUAGCAUAGUGUUCGUGGUUGCACUCUUCGGAGCCGCUGUCGCUCAGGAGAGCUUCAAGUGUCCGGACGAUUUCGGCUUCUACCCGCAUCACAGCUCCUGCGACAAGUACUGGAAGUGUGACAACAACGUGGCCGAGCUGAAGACCUGCGGCAACGGUCUCGCCUUCGACGCGACAGACUCCAAAUACCUGACCGAGAACUGUGACUACCUGCACAACGUCGACUGUGGCGACCGCACCCAGCUAGAACCACCGAUCUCCACUCCCCACUGCGAGCGUCUGUACGGUAUCUUUGCGGAUGCGGCCAAGUGCGAUGUGUUCUGGAACUGCUGGAACGGUGAGGCCUCGCGCUACCAGUGCUCGCCCGGACUGGCCUACGAUCGUGAGGCGCGCGUCUGCAUGUGGGCCGACCAGGUGCCGGAAUGCAAGAACGAAGAAGUAGCGAAUGGAUUCGCCUGCCCGGCCGCCGGUGAGAUCUCCAAUGCUGGAUCCUUCUCGCGACAUGCACACCCGGAGGACUGCCGCAAGUACUACAUCUGUCUGGAGGGAGUCGCCCGCGAGUACGGCUGCCCGAUCGGAACCGUCUUCAAGAUCGGCGAUGCUGACGGCACUGGCAACUGCGAAGAUCCCGAGGACGUUCCCGGAUGCGAAGAUUACUACGGUGAUUUGGACUUGAAAAGCAUCCGCAAGAGCGAACUCCUUGCCGGUCUAGCCCUCCAGUCCGGUGGUGCGCCCGCUGCCACCAAAGCUAACGUUAAGUCGAACCGUCCGGCUCCCAAGGACAGCAACUAAAGAACAGGGGACAGUAAAGACAGUGCAUAAAACCGGGGGGGGACUUAACGAGUAGUGGGGUUUUUAGGGAAGCAGACAGGAAGAGAUAAAGAAGAGAUGCAGAACGAGAGAGCAGCAAAUGAAGAAUGUAACUGAAACAACAGGGUUAACUGUAAGGAGAAUUCCAAUGAGCACAUUGCGCAGAACAGUGGGUGCAGGGCUGUAGAUCAGGGACCGGAAAUGACGAGAUAAAGGGCGAAUAGACGGAUAGUGUCGAUCAACGGAAGAAUAAGGACCACGCAUAUCGCAUGACGCUGCGCCAACGGAAAGGAAAUUCACUACAUUUGGCGCUGAUUGCAUUGUGUUUUAAGGAAGCGCUCUUCCAUAUCGAGUAGGAUGGAGUCAAUUUCCACACGACAGUUUGUAAAGCUUAAAACCAAGACUUAAAAUUCGAUCAGGCACGAACCAUACAGCCAACCAAUUACAAACUAGCGCCCAAUCACAGCCCAACUCAGCAGGAUUUCGUUGAGUUUUGCUCGUGAUCAGUCGGUGCGGUGUAAAGAAAUUGAACGCAGUUUCUAUUGUGAUCAUAUUUUGUGUAUCUUUUUGUUGUGUUUAGAUUACAAACGUCUUUUUUUACAUCUGACUUUUCGUUGCAAAUAGCAAACGAAAAAUCCUUUUUCCUUGCUUGCAACGGUCUAGAUAGUGUGCCGUUGUUGUGCCUUUGUUUUUCCGGUAUCGUACUUUGAACGGAUCGUUUUCGAUUCGAAUUGCUCGCAGUGGCUCGUCAGUGUGUUUGUUGCACACGAUGCAGUUUGCUGUUUCCACGCCCUGACCUUUAACCUCUGAGUUUGACUGUAGUUGAGGAAAAGUGAACGAAAAUGAAUGAAUGAGGGAGACCGAGGGAAGCGCCUUAGUUUAGAGCCUAGAACAACACAAAACAAACAGAAAAUGAAACAAUAAUAAAAAAAAUCUUUAAAACCACUUUAAAACAAAA